ACAUUUGGACAUAUCAAUCACACCAACACAUUCCUCACUUUGCUUAUAACAACAUACCUGCUUUUCUUCUCAAUUCUGCUUCCAAAUCUGUAAUAUUGUUCAACUUCAAGCCAUUUAAUUUGAAGUAAUGGAGAGGGUGACAAAGAUGGUAUCAGAGAGGCCAGUGGUGAUCUUCAGCAAGAGUUCGUGCUGCAUGAGCCACAGCAUCAAGACCCUUUUCUGUGACUUUGGAGUGAACCCUGCAGUUUAUGAACUUGAUGAGAUUCCAAGAGGCAGAGACAUUGAGCAAGCUCUUUCUAGGCAGCUUGGGUGCUCUCCUUCUGUGCCCACCGUCUUCAUUGGUGGCGAGCUUGUUGGUGGAGCCAAUCAAGUCAUGAGCCUUCACCUUAACCGCUCCUUGAUCCCAAUGCUCAAGAAAGCAGGAGCACUUUGGCUAUGAAUUUCAUCUGAUCUCUUCGAUCACCUUCACAUUAGGCACUACUUAAAUAAAUUAAACUCAAUGUUUUUGCUAUAUAUGUCAUGUAAUGACAAUGAGACUAUAUGUGUAUGUAGAAGAAGCGAGUUAAUAAUAAUAGAGGCUAACUGAUAUUGAGGUGCAGUUUAGCCUCUCUUUUUUAAUGUAA